AUGAACCACAUGCGCGGUCUCGUGUCCACCUCGCAGGCCUUGCGCCAGACCUUUAUCGCUCCUCUUCGAUCCCACAGAUUAUCCUUUGUGCAUCCACAAUCUAUUCGCAAUGGACUCCAGCCACGCUAUUUCCAUGAGUCCUCCCGGCUCGCGCUACCUGUCGUACGAACACCCAACGCUCCCACACAAAUCAAAGACGAAGCUAUUGGCACUCGGCUUGUACAGCUAGUCGACGAGGAGCAAAAUCUCAUGCCUCCCCGAAGACUAGUCGAAGUGCUGGACUCCUUCGACCGCAGCAAGUUCUUCCUUCUGCAAGUCUCCCCCGCCGAGGCCGAUCGACCGCCAGUUUGCAAGAUCUUGAACAAGAUGGAGGCCAAGCAGCAUGAGAAGGCCAAAAUGAAAUCCGCGAAAGUAGGAAAAGUGCAAACCAAACAGAUCGAGCUGAACUGGGCAAUCGAUGCCCACGAUCUGUCACACCGGUUGAAGCAAUUGACCAAUUUCUUGGAGAAGGGUCGGAAGGUGGAGGUAAUCAUGAAGCGGAAGAAGGCGAAGCGCUCACCUACUGUGGAUGAAAUCAAACAGGUCAUCCAAAGUGUAUUGGAUACUACACGAGAAGCUGGUGGCACCCAAGUUAAGGCAAUGGAAGGAGAGCCCGGCAAGCAGGUGAUCAUCACGGUCAAAAAGGAGACCUAA